GUGCCUUGGUCACAUAUCAGUCAUCAUGGACUCUCAAAGGAAACGAGGCAACAGCCAUAAAAGAGUAGGAUAGAUCUCGUUAUCACUUCCGGGCCACCAAAAGAGAAUGUAGUUUGCAACACCAGACAUGGCUGCAUCUGCCUGGUCUCGUCUCCCUUUCAUUUGGCUACAGUUGAGCGUAAUUACCUUGUCUCUUGCCAUCCCAGAUCAGAGCUACGAAUCAGUUCACCGUGUCCCACAAUCGAACCCCGUUGCACCAUCUUCUAACCCGUUCGACAACUCUUGGAUUGCUAACUGGGCUGUCAUCGGUGACUCCUAUGCCGCCGGACUCGGAGCCGGCCAACGCCUGGAUUAUGGCUGCUCCCGCUACUCCGGCGGCUACCCGAGUCUAAUCGCAGCAGACGACCGGUUUGGCGUCAAUCCCAAUCGGACGUCUCAGUUUCUCGCCUGUUCGGGGAAGACGACGUCUGACAUACUGGACAAGCAGGUUCCAUACGCCCACGACAACCUUGACCUUCUCCUUAUAUCGGCGGGCGGUAACGAUGUCUUACUCGGCGAUGUUUUGGAUAGCUGCAUCUUCCAGUGGAAGAAUGGUGACACCGAGAAGUGCGAGAGAACGCUGGAUAAUAGCCAGAGUCUGAUCGAUCAUGAUCUCCCCAACAACCUCGAUAAACUCCUAGACGCGGUCAUUCCCAAAUUGCAGCCGGAAGGUCGGAUAUAUUGGCCGGGCUACGCGCAGUUCUUCGGAGAGAGUCCGUUUUGCAACAAUGUCAGCUGGAGCGUAUGGCCGUGGAUGCCAAUGACCGAGAAGCAGAUGCUGACUCUCGAGCGCCGACAACUGAUGAACAACAUGGUGGCGCAAACGAACCUCCGGAUCAAAGAAGCGAUUGAGAGGGCGAACAACAAGGUCAACAAGAUCGGAAAACAUCAGAUACCUUCACCGAUCGCCUUCGUGGACUGGGACUGGACGUCCCGAAUGGCCGAAGGGAGAUUCUGUGAAAUGGACGUGAAAGAGCCGGAUCCGAUGAGGAAUAAACUGAUGUUCUUCGAAUGGAAUACGUUGGACGACGGCGAUGACCCGACCAUCAUCACUCGACCGGCUGACCCCGUGCCUGCGGAUUCGUUCGAAGGCAGCAUCGGCAAAUGGGCGCUCGAGACCCUCGCUGAGCAUCCUGACUGGCUGGAAUUCGGGCCGGACGGGACGGAGCCGGUCAAUUUGGACCCAAAUCUCAUCGAGGUUGCCAUGAGGGAAAGAGAGGCGUAUGCAGAGACGGGGUUGGACGGUAUUAUUUCUUGGUUUGUGCCGGACUCGUGGAAGAGGGUGUUUCAUCCGAGGGCGUUGGGUCAUAGGAUCAUUGCGGAUAUGGUGCUGCAUACCAUGGCGGUUGAUAGAGCGAAGUGGUUGAAGAUCCAACCACCGGAACCACAAGGCUACGCUAGGUUGGAGUUGAGAUAGGUAUCUCGGGUAUCAUGGAGCUCUCAUGAUUGUAUGAAAUGAUAAUAGGCUUCUAUGGAUUGCACAUAUUGAGGGCUGAGGGCCAGAUAGGCUGGGAAAUGCCUGUGAAAUCGAUGUGCGACUUGCGAG